UCUACGAUCAGAAAGCAGAGAGGCUUCGGCGAAAGGUGAUCCUGUCUACCGAAAACACCGGCCAAACAUUCCGCUCAAACCGUCAUGGAGCGCUGUAAGCUCGGGUAAAGAAGCUGUCCGGACUGCUAAACACAUUCCUGAAGGACGGGAUUUGUUUUGGAGACAGAUACUAACACGAGAGACGUUUCAUCGGACUGUUUUCGACCAGCUUCGAGCGAACGCCAUUUUCACAGUGGGCGGUCGGAGUUUGAAUCAAAGACCGGGACGUUUUUGAAGUAAUCUUUGGUAUUUCUGGAGGACGAUGAAGGGAUUCCUUAAGAGCCAAGACGGGGUGUUCUCCUUGGGCCCCAAAAUCACGACUGUUGGCCGAGAAAAUUGCGAUCUGGCGAUACAGGCCCAGAGCGUAGAGCGCCAACACGCUGUGAUCGAGUACAGCGACGUGGAGAACUGUUUCGUGCUGCAGGACAUGAACACGGUACAGGGGACGUACGUGAACGACUGCCGCAUCCAGAACGCUGCCGUGCGGCUGGCUCCUGGGGACAUGAUCCAGUUUGGGUUUGGAGGAAUGCCGCAUGAGUUGGUGGUCGAGGAUGCACCUCAGUAUCAACACAGGGUGUACUACCCCCCUGUCCAGCAGCGGCCAGCCUGGAGUGCUCCCAUCACCAUCCUACAGACCUCUCCUGUUCCUGCCUCCUCCACACAGACACAGCUGCCCUACCUGCCUACUGCUACCAGUACUGUACCCAGUUUUGCAUGGGCAGGUUCAGGGUCCCCGGUGUUGCCCCACCCCCCUCAGAAGUCCCGGCCCCUGAGUGCAGGGGCCAGGAGGGGCAGUUUUGGAGCCAGUCUCAGCGACCCAAACACCCCCAAGAGCAGCCCACCCAUGCCUCAUAGAACCAUUUCAGGAAGCUGGGUGGGAAGAAAUGGAGUGAGUGGUUCCCCCACACCAGACAUCUCUCCUGCACUGCUGCAGGAUAAGGAGCAGAAGAUCCUGCGUAUGGGUGAUGAGAUCGGCAGGCUGGCUGUGUUUGAGGGGGAGUGUAAGCGGAAGGACGCCAUCAUCGACUCUCUGCGUAACGAGGUCUCCCAGCUGCACACGGAGCUGCGGAAGGCUAAGGAGUCUGGGCAGGGAGACGCCGUUGUCACACAGAAACUCCUGCUGCUGGAGAACGAGGUGGAGCAGAGAAAGUCUGAGGUCAAGGCUCUGAAAGACCAGUUGUCCCACAUCAGCAGUGGCAUGGGCAGCACGUCCACCCUCCACAGCGAACUGUCGGAGAAGGAGCGUGAGAUUGGUAGGCUCAUCACGGAGAACGGGAAACUGCGUAAGGACUACAGCAUGACGCAGGGCCUGGUCACCUCCCUGCAGAGGGACCUCUCUAACAAGGAGGUCACCAUCAACAAACUGAAGGCAGAGACAGACAGGCUGAAGAAGGAUGUGAAGGAUAAGGACGUGCAAUUAGCUGCCAUGUCUGCAAAGUUCUCCCGAAUUCGUGAGACCAAGAAUUUUGAAGAGGCACUAACAGCCAAGGAGAAGGAACUGGCAACUCUUAGAGUUAAACUGAGGAACAGUGAAAAGAAGGCAAAGGACGGAGAUGAAACCCGCAAGACACUGAAGGAGGAGUUAGACCGGGUCAAGAUCCUGUUGUCCGAGGAGAGGGAGAAUGCGAAGACCUCCCGGGCACAGAUGGAGCAUGCGAAGGCUCAGUUCCUGGACGUGCAGCGCUCGGAGCGGCUGCUGCGGGUGGACCUGGAACAGGCGCAGGCACGGCUGGACCGCUUCCGCAGCCGCAUCAUCCAGGUGACCUACUCCGCACCUGGCAUCGCUUCACCUGAUGAGGAGGUUGACGACAACCAGGUGAUAGAUCAGAUGAGGAACAUCAUCCAGGACAGGACCCAGUUCCAGAACAAGGUGCGCGACAUGAAGGACCAGCUCAAACUGGCCGAGGAGUCGCAGAAGGAGUCUCAGCAGAGUGCCAAGGCUCUCAGGCAGCAUCUUAGUGAAGCUGAGUGCCGUCUGCGUGACAAGGGUCGCUCGGCGAACAUGUUGAAACAAGAGCUGCGCGUUCUUCAGUCGCUGUCUGUGGACGACAAUAUUCAGUGGGUGAAGGACGCCGCCUUGAACCUGUUCAACGCUGAGUUGUCAUGGCAACAGGAGAUUGAGAGCGCCCUGGAGAAGGCUGGAUGUAAUGUCAAGUUGUCAGAUGAAGCCUCAGCCAAGCACAUUGACAACUUGUGGAAGAAACUGGAGGCUGAGCUGAAGGAGAUGGAGAAAAUGCGGUCCCACAUCCGUGACCUUGAGGCACAGCACAAGGGUGACCUCUCAGAACGACUGUCAGAGCUCCGGAUGCAGCAUCAGCAAGACUUGGCAGAUGCCAUCGCAAAGGUGCGACUGGAGGAUGAGGAGAAACUGCGUAAGGCGCUGGACGAGCUGCGGGAAGCGGAGGCGGAGCGACGGGCACAGGCCGUGUUAGCCGAGAGACAGAAACUGGACGAGGCCAACAACAACAUGGAGGAACUCAGAGUGUCAUUCCUGAAGAGACAGGAAGAAGAGAAGGAGACCAGAGCUGCAGCACAAGAGGCGCUAGACAAACUGGACGAGUACAAGCAGCUUGAGGCCAAGUUGAGACAGGAGAUAGCAGACCUGGAGCAGAGGAACAAGCUGGAGCAGAGGACCCUGCGGGAGGACCUGGAGGAGAGGAGGCGGGGUCUGAACCAGGAGACCGACACGCUCCGCGAGCAGGUCAAACAACACGCCCUGACGAUCGUCGCUAUGGAGGAACGUCUCCUGGCCACGUCCAAACAGCUGAAGGAAGCGGAGGGACAGAAGGUGGACCUGCAGAGGAAACUGGAAGAAGCUCAGCAGAAACCGAAGGUGCCGCCAAAGCCGGUUAACAUCCCUCCCUCCCAACACGACGUAUUUGCCUUGGAGCAGCUGGUUGCCUUGUUACGACGAGAGGUGGCUGACUGUAAACAACAGAUCAAGGUGAAGGAAGACGUGAUUGAGGGUUUGAGGAAGGACCUGGCAGGGGCCAAUGCCAGGCUCACUGAUAUGGCUGGUGAGCUGAGUGAACACCAGAAGCAGGAGUUAGAAAGGAACAGGAACCUGGUGAGAGACCAGGAGCUGGACCUGGCCAAACUCCGGCAGCAGCUGGCCAAGAUGUCUCAGCUGGUUGACAAACAGAGUGGGGAACUGCAGAAGGCUAAUGAGGAAAUCAGAAACCAGAAGCAGGCAGUGAGCAGUAAGAGUGCGUUAGCCUUGUCCAAAGAGGAGGAACUGGACAGGAUGAGGACAGAGCUACACGCCAAGAUAGAUUCUAUGGACAAACAGAUAGCUAACCAGGAGGAAGAGGGUAAGAUAGCGAAUGAGCUCCAGGCCAUGGGAGCCCAGUGUCGUGGGGAGCGCCAUGAACAAGUCAUCGGUAGACAACGGGAGGCUCUGUCUGAGCUACGUGCAAGGAUCAAGGCUCUGGAACAAGUCAGACCUCCAAUCCCCACCCAUGAACAGGCCCUGCAGCAGGUGGUGUUAUUGAAGAAGGAGCUGGCAGAGAUGCGAGCCAAACAGGCCAUGGCAGAGGACCAGCACUUCAACAGCACCACCAGGUUAGAGGGUGAGGUGCAGGGUGUACGCGGGAUGGCGACAGCUGCCUCCUCAGAAGCUGCCGUUGAAAGGAGCGCCAGGAUUGAGAUGGAAGAAGCCAUGGAUAUGAGCGAGAGAACAUAUCUGGAGCUUGCUAAGAGAAUGGCGAAUGAGCUGGAGCUGAACGAGUUGGAUGGGCUGAAGUCGAUGGCUCACUUGCCGCGGGACGAGCGUGACAGGCUGGCGAAGGCGCGACAGAAGGCGAUCGAGCUGCUGGCCAGCAGGAUCCGCGUGCUCCACCAGAGGAUCGAACGUAAAGAUGAGCUCCUGAACGGAUACGAGAAGGAUAUGUCAAAACUGAGACAAGCGGAGGGUUUUGCCCAGCAGAGGGCGGCUGAGGCAUCGAGCUUCAUGAAAGAAGCGCAGGAGAAGUCUGACGAGACUCGUUACCUCAGGGAGUCGCUCCAACGCACACGGGAGCAGCUAGACGCAGAGAAACGCCUCAACACUGCAAUCAAACAGAGAAAGACGUUCCACCUAGAGGAGCAUGCUGUUCAGUCCCAAGGCUGGCCCAAACACAGGUGUCCACCUGAGGACAUACAUGGAAGGGCUGAUGCCAAGUUAAGAAGCCAAAAGGACAAACUGAGGAGAAAGAACUAUGAAAUAGAGACUUUGAAAUCGCAACUUGACAGCAAAGAGCAACAACUAUGUGAUACUACAGCUAGACUGGCUAACAUAGAAUCUAGUUUGGGCCUUGACAACAGAGAACUUGAAUAACAAAAAGACAGAGAAGUUGGACAAGGGACCACUUAGUACAAACAUGUCACAGCAAAAUAGAUUUGUGUAGAAAAUAUUGUAAGAGCACUGAUGAUAUUUUGUGUAGAGUUUUCGAAUUAUGCUAUGAUAGAAGUAGUAAUGCUCAGGUACUUUAAAAGUGAAUGGUGUGGAAAAUUACUAUUGUGUCAAGAAAAAUCCUGUAUUUUUCAGUUUUGUAAAUAUGAUAGAUAUCUCUAUUUUCACUGCUAUAUGUUAAGAAGAACACUAUGCAUGGGUGUUUAGAUGUUUUUCUGUCUUAAGAAAAUAUUAAUGGAAUUAACCUAAGCUGUAAAUACUUGUGAAUAUUUUUACAAAUCUGGUAGAGGUAAUGUUGAACUUUGAUGAUGCAUGCAGUCAUAAUGCAAUUUUAAUAUCUUGAAAGGAAUAGAUAAGAUACAACCUUUUAAAAAAUAUCAAUUUACAAUUCAUAUCAUUAGACAAUUUAUGGCUUGUUUUAAAUCACAAUGGUGAAUAUAUAGCAUUUGGCACAACUUAACAAACUUGCAGAGUAGAAAUACACUAUACAUACUUCAUACUUAGCUGCAGUACUUUUUAGUGGUGCUAGAGGUCGCUUUUGGAGAACACACCAUUAUAUGAAGGAGUAAAAGAAAUUGUGAACAGCUCUUGCUCAAAGUACUGGUCAGGAAACUGAAACAAUUGAUGAUAAUGAUGAUAAUGAAGGUUAAACAAAAAUCAUGAGAUUUUUAAUGUACGUUGUUGAAGGUCAUAACUAAUGGUUGUCACGUGUGUGUUCGUGACAACACUUAUUGACCCCCAUAUACCCUGGAGACCCGAGGAUAGUGAUAGUAGACACGCCUGACGACACAUCCUCACAUCGAUCCGAAAACGUCUGCCACGACUGCUAAAUUAUGAUACAUUUCAGGAAAUCUCACGCAUGAGUCAGAAUCAAUAAUGGCCAGGUGCCAUGGUUUUGUAAUGGUCUGUGUAAGCUUGUACAUAUUUUAUGAACAUCCUUAUGGUUUUGUAUGAGAUGAAAUUUGAUUCACUGUUUAAGCAAUAAUUCAUUUUGUUGUAUAGAAAUGGAUAUGACAGUCCCAUUUGAUGGGUCUGUGACAUUUGGAAUGAUUGGCAGUUUUGUUGCACAAUAAUAGGUCGCAGAGGGCAGUGUGAAAUGUUUGCUUAUUGUGCUUAUCUAGUACCUAUAUUUCUGUCAAGAAAGAAGCAAAAAUAAAGUCUUCA